CGAGGUGACAGCAUCAGACGGCGCCCUGGGAGAGAAAGAGAGAGAAGAGAGAAAGACAGACCGGGCUCAGGACAGGGUAAGGGCGUGGCCGGUCAGCCUUAGCCUCAGGAUUGACGGAGGCAAUAUUUCAAUGGCUUCUGAUUUGGGAAAUGCCUCAGUAUUGGAUCCCAUAUCUGUGCCAGCUUUGGACAUUCAGGCUCCAUUGAAAAAGGCUAACAAGAAGGGAGGUCUUCCAGAGGCUAAGCGGAAAGGACGGGCAAAAAAGAUGAACAAAGAUGCUGAGGAUCUGCUUUUGGGCCUGCAGCGACUGGAUCUUACUUCAGAAUGUGCUGCUCCCUUAGGAACUGGACUGAUUUGGGAUAAUCGAAUGACAGAAUUUUGCUGCCCAUGGGAUGAAAGUUUCCCAGAGUGCCCAGAGCGACUGGUGACCAUUCAGGACAAAUUGCUUCAGUAUGAACUGUUGGAACGUUGUGUCCCAGUGAUGGGCCGAGAAAUUUCUGAGGAAGAGAUCCUCUUGGCUCACAGUCAGGAAUACUUGACCCUCAUGAAAUCGACUGAAACAAUGAGUGAGACUGAGUUAAGGUCUCUGGCAGAUACCUUUGAUUCUGUUUACCUGCAUCCAAAUUUCUACCGCUGUGCCUGCCUUGCUGCUGGUUCUGUCUUGCAACUCGUGGAGAAAGUGUGGUCUGGAGAACUCCGUAAUGGUCUGGCUGUGGUCAGGCCUCCAGGACACCAUGCUCACCGCAGCAAGAUGAAUGGCUACUGCAUGUUCAACAAUAUAGGCAUUGCAGCACAAUAUGCCCGACAGAAAUUGGGGGUAGAGCGGGUGCUUAUCGUUGACUGGGAUGUACACCAUGGGCAAGGCCUUCAAUACCUCUUUGAGGAGAAUCCCAGCGUCCUUUAUUUCUCCAUCCAUCGCUACGAAGGAGGGAAUUUCUGGCCCCACCUUCCAGAAUCUGACAGUCACGCAGUGGGCAGAGGUCGGGGAGAGGGAUACAACAUCAACGUGCCCUGGAACCAGACAGGAAUGAGGGAUGCUGACUACCUCUCUGCCUUUUUACAUGUCCUACUACCAGUGGCCUUAGAGUUCCAACCCCAGAUGGUCCUGGUUGCUGCGGGUUUUGAUGCUGUAAUUGGUGACCCUAAGGGAGAGAUGGCUGCCACUCCAGCAUGCUUUGCUCACCUGACACACCUGUUAAAGUCACUGGCUGGAGGCAAGCUGGUUUUAUCUCUGGAGGGUGGGUACAAUCUCCAGUCUUUGGCUGAGGGAACCUGCAUGGUCCUUAAGGCUCUCCUAGGAGAUCCCUGUCCGCUGAUGGAAUCACCUUUCCUCCCAUGUAGCAGUGCUCUCAGCUCAGUGUCUCAAACCAUUGCAAUUCAUAGCAAGUAUUGGAAGAACCUACGGAGGAUCAGUGCUGAUGUGCCCCAGGAGGAUGGCAAGCUUAGCGUAGCUUGGCCACCAGCCUGCCCUCUCUCUGUAGCCAAUCCCCUCUCCAGGUCAGCGGAUGAACUGAUACAGCCUCAGCCUCCUUGCACGGGGCUAGUCUACGAUGAGAAGAUGAUGGAGCAUUACAAUAUGUGGGACAGCCAGCAUCCAGAGCUGCCUCAGAGAGUAUCCAGGAUCUUCCAGCGCCACAGAGAGCUGCAUCUGACAGAAAGGUGCUGUCGGCUGCCAGCCCGUCUUGCUUCUGAAGAAGAGCUACAAAUGUGCCACAGCCUGGCUUAUGUGGAGACAUUGAAAUCCACAGCCACCAUGAAACCCCGUGACCUGCAUCGCCAGGGUGACCAGUACAAUUCUGUCUACAUCUGUGCCAGCUCCUAUGAGUGUGCCCGGCUGGCGGCUGGGUCCGCAUUCAGUGCAGUAGAGGCUGUGCUGUCUGGGAAGACUCAUAAUGCUGUGGCCAUUGUCCGCCCACCUGGACACCAUGCAGAAUCAGAUACUGCCUGUGGCUUCUGCUUCUUCAAUUCGGUGGCUUUGGCAGCACGCUAUGCCCAGCGCCUGGCCCAGAGGCGGUUGAGGGUUAUGAUACUAGACUGGGAUGUUCACCAUGGUAAUGGAACACAACACAUAUUUGAAGAUGAUCCCAGUGUUUUGUACAUCUCCCUCCAUCGGUAUGACAACGGCACUUUCUUCCCCACUUCUGAGGAUGCAGAUUAUGACCGAGUGGGUGUGGGACCUGGGGAAGGCUUCACCCUUAAUGUGCCUUGGAACUGUUCCCGGAUGGGAGACUCUGAGUACCUGGCUGCCUUCCAUCAGAUUAUCAUGCCUGUUAGCUAUGAGUUCAACCCAGAGCUGGUCCUGGUGUCGGCUGGUUUUGAUGCUGCUCGAGGGGACCCAUUGGGGGGGUGUCUUGUGACCCCAGAAUGCUACGCCCAUAUGACCCACCUCCUCUUGGGUUUGGCAGGAGGGAAAGUUGCCGUUGUCCUAGAGGGUGGCUACAACCUAGAAUCUAUCUCAGAGUCCAUGACUAUGUGCACACGCAGCCUCCUGGGGGAUCCUCCACCCCCACUCGGACGCCUAAAGCCCCCCCAUCUGAGUGCCCUGCAGUCCUUGGCCCGUGUCGCUGCUGUGCACCGCAAAUAUUGGGCAAGCCUCCGACUGGCAGUGCCUGCCACUCUUUGGGAGAAGCCCAGGACUCGGGCUGGGAAGGAAACUCCCAUUCCAAACGAGGUUCCUGAACAAACCCCUCCGGAGUUGCUCCAAAGCCCUGUAGCUCAGCCUGUAGCCGAAGCGAUAGAUGAUGCCGUGGUGGGCUUGGGCUCCCUCCAGAUAGAAGACAAUCUCAUGGAAGAGGCCGAAACGGCUUCGAGUUCUCUCUCUCCUGAUUCUAGUCCAGUGGGUGAGGAAGCUCAGCCAAAAGUCGAUGGAUCCCCUAAAGAAGUGGAUCCAGCAGAGGAUGCACCAGGGAAAGGGGUAUCGGCAGAGGGCUUCUCUGGUGAAGUGAUGGCUUCUGACAAAAAACAUCACCACCCAAUGAAUGUUGAGGUUGUCCUGUUGGAUGAAGCAGCCGGGGGUUGUUCUUCCGUUGAUGAGCAGUUUGGGGAUGAUGUGGCUGGCAGUGGGCUCUUUUAUGCCGUGACACCCUUACCCUGGUGCCCCCACCUCAGCUCAGUGCUGCCUGUGCCUCCUGUGGGCUUGAAUGUGUGGGAGUGUUGUGCAGAAUGUGGCAGCGAGAUGGAGAACUGGGUUUGUCUGGUGUGCUAUAAGGUCUGUUGUGGACGUUACAUUAAUCAACAUAUGCUGGAUCACAAUAAGGAAUCUGGGCAUCCACUGGUGCUUAGCUUUGCAGAUCUCUCUGCCUGGUGCUAUGACUGCCAAGCCUAUAUCCAUCACCCAGUCCUUCUUGAAGCCAAGUGCCAGGCUCACAGGCUGAAGUUUGGAGUGGACAUGCACCUGCCUUCCUAAGGUGACUUUGUCUGGAGGGAAGUCUUAAGAUUAAAUGCAGCACAAUCAACCAUCGUUUGACCUCACUGAAGUGAAUCCGAGGCUUCUUAAAAGGGCUCUUUGUGCCAAAAAUAGCCAGCAACCAUCAAUUGCAAUACCACCACCAGCCAUAAAUCAACCACCAGCACCCUCACUGCUUCCAUUAGGACAAAAAACCCCAUCCUCUUCUGGUCCAAUCCAUGAAGAGGAAUAAUCAAUUGUUAGCGCACUAAGGAUGUUUUUGCUUCCAAUCAGAAGUACUUUGCUUUCUUCAAUGCUGAAGAGAUACCGUGCCAAUUCCUUUUUACUAAAGUUGCAAAGGACUCACUUUUCCAGUGUCUGAUUGUACAAGACUGCAUUUCCUCUCUAUAUUACUGUAUAUUCCUCUAAAUCAUCUCUCUCCUCUGUGUUACUGUGAUUUCUUGCUCAGUUGGGAAGAGCCUGUGUUGAUUUUCAAAUAAUCUGCAAGACAUUGGAGUGAACGAGAGAAAGUUUUCCUUUGAGAUUAGAGUAGGAUGUGAUGAGUGACCAGCCCAGAUGUUGGUCUGCUUUGUUAAGGGCCUGUGUUGUAAUUUUAAGACCAGGUUCACAUGAUGUAUAUGCAUGUAUGGGUAAAAGACAGAAAGGGAAACGUCACUUUUCACACAAGGCAGGUUAACCUGAGGGACAACGGCCAAACCACUUGUUGUGAUGUGCCAUGACUCUUCUAGAAUGGCAUUAUUUGAACCACUAUGGCAACCCUUGCAUUUAUGUGCAGGUUGUUUUCUGCAGAUAAAAAUAAGAAUGGCCUGUGGCAAAAGAGAAUGUGAGAAUUGGGCUUUGAUAGCUUUAACGGAAAUAACUUGGUGUCGUUGACUUAUUAAGCAAGCAGCAAGGUGGCGUUCCUUAGGGGUCAUUGGCAAAUGACUGAGGAAAGAUUGGGUUGGAUUCCCUGGCCGCAUUCCAUGUGGUGGGGCUGUGAGGGUGGGGUGUACAAGAGGAAAGCCUUCAAGCUUCUCUUCUGUCAAGCUAAAUAAUGAUCAGGAGGGGGGGAAUUAUUUGGGAACUGGUAAACACACCUAGCCUUUAAAUAAGAGUAGCCAGUAUGGUGCUGUUCAACUGUUUUGGUUUACAGCUUCCAUUGUCCUUAAUUGAUUAUGUUACUUGGGUUGAAGGGCAUGUCCAAAGCAUCUGGAGAGGACCAGUUUGCUUCCUGUCCUGAAAGCUGAUGGAGGAAAAGGGUAUUUGUUGAAAAGAGUUAAUGAGGGAGGGUGGCAAGAAAAAAGAUGAAUGGAAGGAGGGUGUCACUGUAUUUGAAAGAGCACCAACUUCCAUAUGAGGGUGCAUCAUUUUCCAGGGCCGGCCCUGGUGGUUUGGGGGAGGGGAUAUGGGUAUUACGGGGUUGAUAUUGAAACUUGGAGAACAUUUAGUUGGAUUGUAAGCUUUCAGUGAAAAAAAUGUACGUUCCUCUGCUUGAUUUGUACUCUUUCUAAUUCAAAUAAAGU